UUUUAAUACGGAAUUCCCAAUGAUCUCUCUCAGUCCAGUCAGAUAUGAGACAGCACAGGGCCUGCAUUUAUACAGCUCGACGUUACAAACACACGCAGAUACCUUGCCGGAGCAGUUAACCAAUCAGCCCUCAGUAACCAUCUGUGAAGUGGAGCGGUACUGAUCCCUUAAACUGAUCCUCUCUGAAUGCCGUCCAGCAUGGUGGACUACAUGUGAAGCCGCAGCGUUCUGGAGAGAAACAGGGAGAAGAGGAUUUACCUAACAGAAGCAGACCACCACAGAGACAAUGUCAUCCAACAGGAGCCAGAACACCCAUGGGCUCAAACAGAUUGGGCUGGACCAGAUCUGGGAUGACCUGAGAGAAGGAAUACAGCAGGUCUAUACACGCCAGAGCAUGGCCAAGGCACGCUACAUGGAACUCUACACACAUGUGUAUAACUACUGCACCAGCGUGCACCAGUCUAACCAGGCCAGGGGUGCUGGCAUCCCUCCUUCAAAACCCUCCAAGAAAACCCCAACACCCGGAGGGGCUCAGUUUGUUGGACUAGAACUCUACAAAAGACUGAAAGAAUUUCUGAGGAACUACCUAACAAAUCUUCUCAAGGAUGGAGAGGACCUGAUGGAUGAGAGCGUGCUGAAGUUCUACACGCAGCAGUGGGAGGACUACCGCUUCUCCAGUAAAGUGUUAAACGGGAUCUGCGCUUACCUCAACAGACACUGGGUGCGCCGAGAGUGCGACGAGGGACGCAAAGGAAUUUAUGAAAUCUACUCUCUUGCUUUGGUCACUUGGAGAGAGUGUUUAUUUAGACCACUAAACAAGCAGGUGACAAACGCUGUGUUAAAACUCAUUGAGAAGGAGAGAAACGGGGAGACUAUUAACACCAGACUCAUCAGUGGAGUGGUGCAGUCCUACGUGGAGUUGGGUUUAAAUGAGGAUGACGCGUUUGUGAAAGGCCCGACAUUAUCAGUGUACAAGGAGUACUUUGAGACACAGUUUUUAGCCGACACUGAGCGCUUUUAUACAAGAGAGAGUACAGAGUUCCUCCAGCAAAACCCUGUUACUGAAUACAUGAAAAAGGCAGAGGCACGGUUACUGGAGGAACAGCGGCGGGUGCAGGUUUAUCUCCAUGAGAGCACACAAGACGAGCUGGCUCGCAAGUGUGAGCAGGUCCUCAUUGAGAAACACCUGGAGAUCUUCCACACAGAGUUCCAGAAUCUGCUAGAUGCUGAUAAAAAUGAAGAUCUUGGCCGGAUGUACAACCUUGUUUCCCGGAUCACAGACGGAUUGGGAGAGCUGAAGAAACUGUUGGAGUCACACAUUCAUAAUCAAGGACUGGCUGCUAUUGAGAAAUGUGGAGAUUCAGCACUCAAUGAUCCUAAAAUGUACGUGCAAACAAUCUUGGAUGUGCACAAGAAAUACAACGCUCUCGUCAUGUCGGCGUUCAAUAACGACGCUGGGUUCGUGGCGGCGCUUGAUAAGGCCUGUGGAAGAUUCAUUAACAAUAAUGCUGUAACAAAGAUGGCCCAGUCCUCCAGCAAAUCCCCUGAGCUUCUGGCCAGAUACUGUGACUCUUUAUUGAAGAAGAGUUCGAAGAAUCCAGAGGAGGCCGAGCUGGAAGAUACUCUCAACCAAGUGAUGGUGGUUUUCAAGUAUAUCGAGGACAAAGACGUGUUUCAGAAGUUCUAUGCCAAGAUGCUGGCUAAAAGACUGGUGCACCAGAACAGUGCCAGCGAUGAUGCUGAGGCCAGCAUGAUCUCCAAACUGAAGCAAGCCUGUGGAUUUGAGUACACCUCCAAACUCCAGCGCAUGUUCCAGGACAUUGGUGUCAGCAAAGACUUGAACGAGCAAUUCAAAAAGCACCUUUCCAAUUCUGAGCCAUUAGACCUGGAUUUCAGCAUCCAGGUUCUGAGUUCUGGCUCAUGGCCGUUCCAGCAGUCCUGCACGUUUGCUUUACCAUCGGAGUUGGAGCGGAGUUACCAAAGAUUUACAGCUUUCUAUGGGAGCAGACACAGUGGACGCAAGUUGACGUGGCUUUAUCACCUCUCCAAAGGAGAGCUGGUUACCAACUGCUUCAAGAACAGAUACACCCUUCAGGCUUCCACCUUCCAGAUGGCCAUUCUGCUCCAGUUCAACACAGAAAACAUCUACACCGUCCAGCAACUUGUCGACAGCACACAGAUUAAAAUAGAUAUUUUGGUUCAGGUUUUGCAAAUCCUGCUAAAAUCAAAGUUGUUGGUCUUGGAGGAUGAAAAUGCAAACAUAGAUGAAAUGGAUUUCAAGCCUGAUACGUUAAUCAAACUUUUCUUGGGCUAUAAGAAUAAGAAGUUGCGGGUUAAUAUCAAUGUGCCAAUGAAGACGGAACAAAAACAAGAACAAGAGACGACACAUAAGAAUAUUGAGGAAGACCGGAAGCUCCUCAUACAGGCAGCUAUAGUGAGAAUCAUGAAGAUGAGGAAAGUGUUGAAGCACCAGCAGCUUUUGGCAGAAGUGCUGAACCAGCUUUCCUCAAGGUUCAAACCACGGGUCCCUGUCAUCAAGAAAUGCAUUGACAUUUUGAUAGAGAAGGAAUAUCUGGAACGUGUUGAUGGUGAAAAGGACACUUACAGCUACCUGGCCUAAAAAUCUGUUAAGUUUGGCAUUCCUUAGACGUUUGUCUAAUGUUUUGAGGAAUGUCUAUACCGUGGACACAGACAAAACAGAUUUUUUUAUGAUCUCAAGUCAUUGCGGGCACGUUGGACAAUGUGACACUGGACUUUACCCUUUAAAACCAGACUGCUACAGCGGCCAGUCCUUGUCUUUAAGCCCUUAAGCUGCUCAGGAUUGCCAUUCACUUUUUAAUGUGUAAAUAACGGACAUUGAACUGUACUCAUAGUGGGACCCAGUGAACGGGUUGCAUGGUAUUGCCUAUUGGAAAUAUACAAAACGCUGAUGAAUUUAAUUGUCAUAAAUUAAAUAGACUUUGAAACGUGACAGCUUUCUAAAAAGGCUGUUGGCUGCAGAUGCAAAUACAUAUGACUUUUCAGAAGCACUCUUGAGUAUAAUCUGACUGGCUGUUUAGUUAUCACUUGCCACGAGAACGCCAUUUGUAUAGUGCAGUUCAUUUUAUAAAUGUCAUGAAUAAACAAUUUUCCUUA